CCCCCCCCCCUUCCUAUUUAACUGAGCUGGGGUCACUGAAUUCUUAUUUAUGACAGAUGUUUCUAGAAGAAAAUUUUGGUUAUUUUUGUACUUUACCCUUGAAGCUUUCAGAAUUUCAAAUGGAUUAGCUAUUUUUUCCUGAUCCAGUAACUCUAGUGCAGACAACAUUCAUAGUCAAUAUGUUAAGAGGUCUAUCAAACUUUAUUUAGCUCCAAAUUUGUUUUGAAAGUCUAAUUGCUUUUAUGAACAAAACACAUUUCUCCUACACUAUAUGCUAGCAAAUCUAUCCCCUUGCAAGGCAAAUUUUAGUCACAACGUUCUCAUGGCUGCUGCUAUAGGAAAACUCACCUCCUUAUUUCACAGCUUACCACUUACAUGAAGAUUAUAUAAAGCAAAUGUAGGAUGGGAGAAGAGUGACAAAAUCAGUAAUAUAGUAUACCCUAAUUAUUCAAGUAGCAUGAGGCACGCAGCUUUUAUGUGGAUAAUUGGGAGCUCAGCUAAUAGAGAGGGGAGGAGACAUGCAGAGGUCGGCUCUUUGCAGUCCUGGCUGAGGGUUUCUGCUCUGCCCCGUUUGCUCCCAUGAGAAGUGGGGCUGCAGAGGACUCCCUGCGCUGCCGCAACCAGUGACACCCAAUUUUUGCAGGUUUGGGACAGCAGAAAUCCCUGGCCAACUCUUUGCUCUGUCCUGCCAAAAAUGCAACCUUCUGUGCGCCUGUAGGGAUCAAGUGUCACUGGCCCCGUGAUGGUGCAGGGAGUCCUGAAGCUCUGCUGUCACAACCCUGCACUCACUCACUUCUGUAACAGCAAGGCUGCAAAGGGCUCCCUGUGCUGCUGCAGGACCAUUCAGCAGCAGGGUGCCUUCCCACUGCUUGGGGCUUGUCGUCCUUUUCCUUCUUGCAGUCCUGGCUUGGGGGGGGGGGUAUUAACCGAACCGCUGCCUUAUCUAAAUUCCUUCCUUAUCUCCUGGAUACAGUGGGGACAAGGAAGGGAUUUGGAUAAUAUGGAAGUUUGGAUAGUAGGGUUUCCGGUAAUGGAAGUAUACUGUGUGUUUUUCCUUUUGUUUUACAGAGAUUAUUUGUCUUUUCUCCCCUCUUAUGUAAUUUUUAUGUAUAUUUCAAUACCCCAAGUAACCGCUAAAUAUUUAGUUUACUAUUUCAAUGGCUAAGAGAAGAAAGGAAGAAUGGUCCAAUGGUUAGGGCGUUAGCCUAGGACUUAGGAGACCCUGGGUUUAAGUCCUUAACCUUCACACAGAUUUUCUGUGUGACUUUGGGCAAAUCACUCAGCCUCUCUGCUCAAAAUCUGUACAAUGGGGAUAAUAGCACUGCCCUGCCUUACAGGUGUGUUAUGAGGCUCAGUUCAUUAAAGUUUGUGAGGUGCUCAGAUAAUCAAGUAAUGGAGACUAUAUAAAGUACCUGAAAUAGCAACAAGGGAUGAAGUUUUGCUGUGUGACUCCUGUAAUUGACUGACUUCCUGUCUCCUGUUGCCUGGUAGGUGAAGCUAUAACACUUGCUGUAUGGAAUCUUGUUCUAUAGCAUGGGAGAAGAGGAAGGACUCCACCAAACACAGUUACUGGACACAAUGUUUGUGCGAGGAUUGAAGAGAAAAUGUUUUGAUGGUGAAGAAGAUAUUGAAGGAACUCUGGCUGGUUUUAAGGCUAUUCCUUCAUAUAAUCUUCAGCGACAGUCACUUUUAGAUAUGUCUUUGGUCAAACUUCAAUUAUGCCACAUGCUCGUUGAACCUAAUCUUUGUCGUUCGGUACUUAUAGCCAAUACGGUGCGGCAAAUCCAAGAGGAAAUGACCCAGGAUGGGACUUGGCAGAUGAUAAAUACACAGAGUGCAGGACAGACUUCUCUAGAUCGUCUAGUUUCAACAGAUAUCCUUUGCCGUUCAUCCAAGGAACAAGCUGAAGGAAAACUUGUUCCAGUUUAUAGUACCUUCGCUAAAGACUGUGAGGGUACCCAGUCACAAGAUAAUUCGGAAAUUAUGUCAACAGUUACAUCACCACAAGUUCCAAGAAACCUGCAAAGUAACAUGUGGGAAAUGGAGAACCCACAAGAAAAUAGAGGAAACUUUCAAAAAUCAUUAGAUCAAAUAUUUGAGACGUUAGAGAAUAAAAGUCCUAAUACAGUUGAAGAUCUGUUUUCAGAAGUUGACAAUUCUUACUAUGACCUAGAUACAGUAUUAACAGGAAUGAUGAGCAACACAAAAAUGGGACACUGUGAUCUCGAAACAUUUCCUUCUCAGACAUCUGCAAAUUCUAACUCUAACUGUAAAUCUGAUCUUAAUGAGCUUGAUCAUAUUGUGGAGAUCCUUGUUGAAUCUUGAAACUGUUAAACAUGCAGAAGACAAAGAUUCUUCAAGGAAACAGAGGACUUGUGGAAACAAAUUUUAAGAUAGUUUAUUCUAUCAAAACUGCACAUGUAUUUUAUAAAAAAAAUAUAAAGCACUUCAUAUUGCAAAAUGUUAAUUUUUGAAGUUAACAUGCAAUUUGUAGUGUCACUCUGUUUUGUCCAUUUAACUGUAAAUACAUACUGUAAAUGGUUUUAAGUUAGGGUUCAAGGCUUUCAGAAUUGGGCUUUUUUGCAAACUUUUCUAGCCUUUGAAGGGAGUGUAUGUUCAGUGAGAGGGUUUCUGUCUUUUGUUUUCCUUCCCCUCCAUCCCUCCCCCCCCACCCCCCCCACCCCCACUAAAAGAGGCAGCAGUUAUA